AUGGCGAACAGAAACAAAUGGAGUUGCGUGAUAUCAGGAUGUGACAAACCAGAUGUUCUGUUCGGAAGCAAAGACACUUGGCGGGAUCAUAUCCUGAGAGAACAUAGUAGCCUAACAUAUUGGAUUUGCUUUGCCUGCAAUGAUGGUAGGCGAUUCAAUAGCGAGCAGAAUUUUGUUGAGCACACUGAGCUCGCCCAUGCCACUUCAGUACCAUCUGAUCAAAUACCUGUUCUGAUGGAUCUUUGCAAAGUUUCCGCUCCGGUUGAGAUUCAUCGAUGUCCUCUUUGCAACUGGCCAAGCGAGGAGGAGGGAGAAGUGGAGAAAAGUGUACUACUUGACCACAUCGCUAGAGCUCCACUCUUUCUCAUUGCGAUCUUUGCCAUGGGCAGAUAA